AUGUUAUCGCGCUCGUCUGCUUUAAAGAAUUCUGUUAAAAAUAUACAUCCUCUUGCAUACAUUAGACUUUAUACCGAAGGUGCCACUGGUGCUCCAAGGUCGGAAGGUGGAGGUGAUUCUUUCACAAAAAGAGAGAAGGCUAAUGAAGAUUAUUUCAUAAGACAACAUGAGAAAGAACAGCUGGCUGAAUUAAGAAACCAAUUACAAAAACAACAAAAAAAGUUGGAUCAAAUAGAAAGCAAGAUUGAGCAACUAUCAAAGUAA